UUUAAAGAUCAGAAUGAAUAUGCAACAGUUUACUACAUUACGGGUAUACAUAUGGUAGAAAAUGUCAUUAGAGGAGAAUCUUGUGUUUUUUUUUACGGAACGCUUGCACUGACGUCAGAUGCAAAAGAAUUUUAUGGAAUAUUUUAACUAUCGAGUAGAAGGUAGUACCAUAAUUUACGCAGUAUAAUGCUCGAAACAAUGGCACACAUAAAGUCGAACCAACGGAUUGAAGAUCACCGGAAUCUAGUUGACUGGUCUUUCUAUGCCAACGAGUCAUCUGGUGAGGAGUACUACGAAAUGCCGAUCGAUAUGCGUUUCAACUCUGGUCAUAUUCUGUCGAUCAUGGUGUACAGUACGCUGAUGGUGUUUUCAGCUACGGGAAAUAUUACAGUUCUGCAAAUUCUUGCCCAACGGAAAGUACGAGCAUCAUCCAGGAUAAACAUAAUGCUUGCCCAUCUAGCCAUAGCGGAUCUCUUGGUUACCUUCCUUAUGAUGCCGUUAGAAAUAGGAUGGGCAUACACGGUUAGAUGGUCAGCUGGGGAUGUAAUGUGUCGCGUGAUGGCUUUUUUCCGAACAUUUGGCUUGUACCUUUCCAGCUUCAUUCUGAUCUGUAUAUCAGUCGACAGAUACUUUGCCGUGUUGAAACCAUUGAAAGUUCAUGAACAUCGAGCAAUUUUAAUGAUUUCUGGCGCUUGGAUAAUGUCUGGUCUUUGCAGUCUGCCGCAGGCAUUUAUCUUUCAUCUGGAGGUGCAUCCAAACAUCACAGGAUACCAGCAGUGCGUGACUUACCAUUAUUUCGAGGAAGAAAUCUAUCAAAUCGUCUACAACGUGAUGGUAAUGUGCCUGAUGUACACGAUCCCGCUGAUAGUAAUCCUUUACUGUUAUGGAUCUAUAUACUAUGAAAUAUUUAGUCGCACAAAUCCGAGGAAUUUAGACAGCUUUCGUCGAUCGAGUAUCGAUGUGCUAGGUCGAGCAAAACGGAAGACGUUAAGGAUGACCAUAACGAUCGUCAUCGUGUUUGUAGUUUGCUGGACACCUUACUACGUAAUGUCACUAUGGUAUUGGUUAGAUAAAGAAUCGGCAAAGAAUGUAGACCAGCGAAUACAGAAGGGUUUGUUCUUGUUCGCCAGUACGAACAGCUGCAUGAACCCGGUAGUGUAUGGUAUUUACAAUGUGCGGAAGAAACACACCAAAAACCAUUUAAAGGUGCAAGAUAAAAGUUGUGGAAGUCAUCUUGCUAUGAAAGUGUAACUCCCAAUCAAGUGUUCAGUGUUUGUGUCUAUUUUAGUAACCUAAGUAAUGGUUUUAAUAUAAAUGUCUAAAAUAAUAAAGCAUCU